AUGGGAACUCGAGAACAGCCGCAUUUUCAAGAAGCGAACGAGCGUAUGCUGGAGCCAAUGAUUCGGCUACCGCUUGUGGAUAUGCUUCGAAGACUGAGCUCAAAACAAGACACAAUAUGUGGCUUUUUCGAAUCACAGUACUGGCACUGCCUGGAAGCAUUUGGUCAAAAGCUUGGACGAAAAUACUGCGAUUUGGAACGCCGCGAUUUUAAUGAAUGCAUCACCAAUUAUAAACAGAAAAUGCGUGCCGAAUGGAUGCAGAUGCAGUACAAGCGUCAUUGGGACGAAAAAAAGCAUGGCCCACGUCCAGAAGGACCGAAAUUGGGCGAAGCUUAUCCUGAUUACUUCUCGCACAAUCCUCCGGAUGCCAUACAUUGA